GAAAAAAAGAAAUCCAAGCCCUCCCCCAUAUUUUCUUAAGUCUGGGACAAAGUAAGAUUUGUUAGGAGGCUGCUCAUUCUGUUGCAAAACAAUGGUGCUGCUUUCAGAGAGCUGCAAGUGAGACAGGGUCAAGUCCCUUUAAAAAAAAAAAAAAAGGUGGAAUACAGUAUUGUGCAUCUUGAAAUCUGAAACCAAGAAACAGAAGUGCAAGGGAAACAGGGGGAAAGUCUUGCAAUUUCUGAGGACAACUGUUGCAAGUGGAGUUUUAAGGAGUAAAAUAUAUAUGUAUAUAUUUAAAGGUCAUUGAAUGGCUUUUGUGGGGAAGUCUGUGAAAUAAAGGAGCCUUGGAAGAAGAGUUUUUUCCUUCUUUCUGGAUAUAAUGGCCAUUGCAAAGGAAAGAAUCUGGAGAUUUGGCUUCAAAUGUUUCUUUUUAGCAACACUUUUGCUAGCCUGUGAUGGACAAGGUGGAAAGAGAGAGAACGGUGGUCCUGCCUGUUAUGGAGGAUUUGAUUUGUAUUUCAUUCUAGACAAAUCAGGAAGUGUCCUGCACCACUGGAAUGAAAUAUAUCAUUUUGUGGAACAUUUGGCCCGUAAGUUCAUAAGCCCACAGCUGAGGAUGUCCUUCAUUGUUUUUUCAACGAGAGGGACAAUUCUGAUGAGGUUAACAGAAGACAGGGAACAGAUACGCCAAGGGCUAGAAGAGCUGCAGAAAGUCCUUCCAGGAGGUGACACAUACAUGCAUGAAGGAUUUGAAAGGGCAAGUGAACAGAUUUACUAUGAAAAUGUUCACGGUUACAGAACUGCAAGUGUCAUCAUUGCGUUGACAGAUGGAGAACUCCACGAGGACCUCUUUUUCUACUCGGAGAGGGAGGCUAAUCGGUCACGUGACCUCGGAGCAACAGUGUACUGUGUUGGUGUGAAAGACUUCAAUGAGACACAGCUGGCUAGAAUUGCCGACAGCAAAGAUCAUGUCUUUCCAGUGAAUGAUGGCUUUGAAGCUCUUCAGGGGAUCAUAGACUCUAUUUUGAAGAAAUCAUGUAUUGAGAUUCUGGCUGCAGAGCCUUCCAGUAUAUGUGCAGGGGAGUCGUUUCAGGUUGUCGUGAGAGGAAAUGGAUUUCGACAUGCCCGUAACGUUGACAGAGUUCUCUGCAGUUUCAGGAUCAAUGACACAGUUACUCUCAAUGAGAAGCCUUUUGUUGUGGAAGAUACCUAUUUGCUCUGCCCGGCACCUGUGUUACGAGAAGUUGGCAUGGAAGCAGCACUUCAAGUCAGUAUGAACGAUGGUCUGAGCUUCAUCUCUAGCUCUGUCAUCAUCUCCAGCACGCAUUGCUCGGAUGGGACUAUCCUGGCUAUUGCCUUGCUGAUCCUCUUCCUCCUGCUGGCACUGGCUCUUCUCUGGUGGUUCUGGCCUCUUUGCUGCACGGUGAUCAUCAAAGAGCCCCCACCGCCUCCUGCAGAAGACAGCGAGGAGGAAGAUGAUGAUGGCCUUCCAAAGAAGAAGUGGCCAACAGUAGAUGCUUCUUAUUACGGUGGUCGAGGAGUUGGCGGCAUCAAGCGGAUGGAGGUGCGCUGGGGUGAAAAGGGCUCCACAGAAGAAGGCGCUAAGCUGGAGAAAGCCAAGAAUGCCAGAGUCAAGAUGCCAGAACAGGAAUAUGAGUUCCCCGAACCCCGGAAUCUUGGGAACAACAUGCGCAGGCCUUCCUCUCCUCGGAAGUGGUACUCUCCAAUCAAGGGGAAAUUGGAUGCUCUCUGGGUCUUGCUGCGGAAAGGUUAUGACCGUGUAUCUGUGAUGCGCCCACAGCCAGGAGACAAGGGCCGUUGCAUCAAUUUCACCAGAGUGAAGAACGCAGAGGCCCCACCUAAAUAUCCACUCAACAACGCCUACCCUCCAUCAUCUCCACCCCCGGCACCCAUCUACAACCCCCCACCCCCGGCACCCAUCUACACCCCCCCUCCGCCCAGCUCACCCACACCGCCCACCCCAUCCCCGUCCUCCACGCUCCCACCGCUCCCCCCACCACCCCAAGCCCCACCUCCCAACCGGGCCCCCCCUCCAUCCCGGCCCCCGCCUCGCCCGGCUGUCUAGGGGGUCAGCCUUGCUCCCGUCUCUCCCAGAAGUGUUCGAGAGGCUUUUUCAGCAGUACUGUAUGACAUCCAUCUUUGUGGGGGGAUAGGGGAGCGGUUAGAGGAAGCCGGACCGUUUUUGAAAUGGGUGACAACAGAACGAACCACUUUGUAGUCGUCUUUCUCCUUCUGUUAUCUUUUUUUUGUUUUUAAUCCCUUGUGCAUCAGUGCCACCAAAAUAUCAAAGCAAGAAAAGCCAAGAGACUGCAAGAACAAGGCAAAUAACUUUCUUUCAGCAAGGCUGUCUCCCCUUCUUGUCCCUGCCACUUCACUGUGCCUUACCAUGCAGAUUCCAGGAGAGACUGAAGAAAUGAAUGAAUAACUAGGGUAAGCUCUCAGGAAGGCAAUCCCCCCAGGGAGGACAAUAAAAGACUCCUGCAGGAGCAGACAUCCCAGCUAGCUACUUGGAGACAAGUGCACAAACUUCACGGUACAAGACUCAAGGUACGACAAAAAGCCAAUCACGUCUUGCUCACGUGCCAGCUGCCAGGCAAAUAAUAGCAACAGCAGGUCUGCAAGUGUAGAAACCCUUUUAAAUCCAGAAAGAAUUGAUGACAAGCAGCUGUUGCCAUGGACCAUGCGUUGGAGAAGGGAAGUAUUGUCAUCUUGGAGGAUCCAGGAAGGAGAAGGGGUAGGUCUCUGGUGUCUGGAUUUGCGUAUGUUGGUAUAUGGAAGUGCAGGUGAAUGAAAAUGGAGUGCCACUAGGAAAAUGAAUCACAUGGAAAAAUAAACCAGUCGGUAUGUCCACGAGGCUUUGACCCCAUCCCUGAGGACAAGCAAUAACUCACAGCAGGUCAGCCUUCAGUGCUCCCCGUGGGGCAGAAGAGUACAUAAAAACUGAGCAAAGGAAUCUGGGGAAAGUAUGGUUGACAGAAGCAGUUUGCAUUUAAUUUUUGUCCAUCUAAUUAAUCGUUCUGCUGAGUUCAGCAGUGUAAUUUAAUGCUGUUUUCCAUUUUGAAAGGAAAGUUUCUGAAUAUAAACAAGUGGUUAGGUGUAUUGAUUUCUUUAAAUCCAGUCUUCUUGGGCUUCUUGUUAUUGUCAGUUUGAAAUGAUUACCACUGAUGCGUUUCUUUUUUUUCUGUAAAUUACAUUCUUUUGCCCUAAAAAUGUUUCCACAUGGAUUUUUAUUUUUUGUUUUCCCUUCCUGAAUAAGUAGUGGAUGCCUUCCAGACUUGUAGUGAAGACAAGCCAGUGUGCUUACUCACUCUUGUCAACUCUCAACAACAUCACUUUUAUUAGCAAUUGUUGACGAAGGCAAAAAUCACACAGAGGACGUGCAAGAUGGGAAUCAGUCUUCCGAGAAAUGCACUGGCUGCAUUUCUGCAUGCUUUCUCCUCGCCUUAAUGGAUCCCCACCAUAUUCCACAAUACUGCGUAUGCACACGUUUUAACCUAUAGCGAACUUUCUGAGCACCUGCCUUUGCAACACAGUGCUAGAAAUAGGUGAGAUCACUCAGCACUUCAGUCGAGCCUCUGGCUCCCUAGUUUACUGUCAGGAUCAGUUCUCACAAAAUGACUCUCUCUGUGGAAAUUACGAAGUCAUAAAGGUAAACCGUCUUUGUAGCUGCAGUUCUAUGAAUAGCUAAGGGUUUUCAUACUCAUAUAAUUUUCUACCAGAUAAAGAAAUGCUUUGCCAAGUAAGUGCUCUUGGAAAUACUAAUUCUAGCUUUUCUAGCAAAAAAACAAAAAAAAAGGAAAAAAAAAAAGCUCAAAAAGGAAAAGGAACAGACCAGUUAAAGACUCAGUGAAGAUUUGGCCUGGGGUCCUUUUGGUAAGGAUGUUUGUGAAUGAACCUUUACCAUGAGACUCAGAGUCAGUCUGACUGUCAUUCAGCAACCUCACCCACCGUUACAGCCGUAUAUCAUCUAUUAGAUGAGAUAAAUAUAGCAAUCGCAAUGGAUCUGAAGAUUCAUUCUACAGCCAAGGGCUGGCUGUUCUGCAAAAAAGCUAAUUCACCCACGCCACUGUUUUGUCUGCAGGCAGCACAGAGCAGUCCCCAGUUAGGAGCAAAAGCAAUAGUUUUGAUAUUCACUAUGUCAGAUAGUGUCAGCUACAGGCCGUGGUUAGUUCAACAAGACGACUUUGUGAUUGUCAGGUGGGACUGGCAAACUUUUAGCACCCUGACACAAGUUUGGUUGGACUCCCUCUUAUGAUGGAUGGGAUCUAGUUAAAUAGUUGUUGAUUGGGUGUGAUGAUGAAAGGUGUAAAAACUGGAUAUAGUGUAAUACAGGAUCGAUAGAUAUUUCUCCUAGCAGAUCCUCAACAUUUCAAAAAAGCUUGGGAAGGAGAUUGAUUUUCAGCAAUAUGGCAUUGAGUUUUUGUGUGUGUUUGUGUGUCAAUUAACCAAUAAAUCUAAACCUACUGCUGGGGGAAAAAUAAAAGCAUUGUGUACUCCGUGAUUAAAGCUAACUUGUUGCAGAUGUGUAUACAAAUUUUCAUUCUGUUCCCCAAAUUAACGGGGAAGAAACCCUAACCGUACAAAGGAAGCAAAAGAAAACCUAGAUCAGUUAGACAAAAAUAGUGAUUAUAAAAUACCCUCUAUGCAAUCAUCCAGUUUAUGAAUAAAAAACAAACUCCAAAUUUUUUGUUGUACAUAUUGUUAUUGCAUGCUUACCAUAUGUUAGAUGGAAGCAUUUCCUAUCCAGUGUGGAUAAAAGAACAUUUUUCAAGUUGUAGUAAAUUAUUAUAAAGCCAAUGAUAUUUCAUGGCAUGUUAUUGUAUCAAGCUGUGCUUGUUGUAUUUUUUCUUUAUGGUUGUAUUGCUUUUUAUAAAUGUACAAAUAUUUCCUGUAGUGACGAAUACCUAUUUUACAUAGCAUUAAUUGGAGCACUAGAACUCUAAGCUAUAUACGCCCUUGAUGCAUAGGCAAGGCGUUAUGCACAGCAAUCCAGGGCAGGACAUGGCCAGAGUGCGGUGGGGACAGACAGACUGACUGUUCCUGCUUACAAAUGGAGGGAUUGACUGGACACAGAGGCACGCUGCUGUCAGUGACUCAGUUUUGCGAGACCCUCACUCACCUUCUCAGAAAAAAUAGAGCAGAUGUUUGGUGACACACUUCGUAUCUGAUCUUGUAUUUAGGAUCAACCUAAGUGUGCCUGCUAAAAUAGCAUCCUCAAAGGUACUGCAAGUGCUUUUUUUAUAGAAACUAUACUCUUUUUUUUGCCAGUCCCUAAAGAUUAACUUACAAACCUGACUUAAGGUGACCAAGAGUGAGAAUUUGGGCACGAAUUUAAAUCAGCUUCCCCUAACAAUUAAUGCUAUGUAAAUGAGGUUGAAUUAGCUGGUGUACUGUAUACUGACAUAUGGUACCCUAUGUAUUCUCUGUCUAUAGAACAUUCCUAGAAACACAUUACACAGGCUACCAGUCCACACUAGCCAAUUUUUAAGUAAAUGUUCAUUAUAGAUCAAAAGGAGUUGAGUGGCACUACAUCUGCUCUGCAGUUUCAAAAGACUUCAUCAGGUCUCACUGUUCACUAGUUGCACAUGCUCAUAUAUAGGAUUGGUCUAAACAGCAACAAACAGAUGUUUGAUGACAUUAAAUAAACAGUUAUAUGUUUCAUUUGCUCUAAAUAAGUCACUUCAGCUACUCCUGUUGUUCUUAAUUCAUGCAAAACUCUUUAUCAGUGGGUCCUGCGGCCUCAAAGGACUAAGCAGUUGUAUUUGACAAGGAUUCAGACUUUUUGUGUUUUGAUUGCUAAAAAAGUUACAAAUUGUUGCUGGCUGUAUUUUGAAGCAUUCACCCACAGGAACCUUAGCAGUCUUCAGAAUUCUCUCUCUGCUCCUUGGUGUGUCAAGGCAUCUUCUGUCGCUGUUUAUUUUGGGAAAGCGGGGGAAUGUCUGCUUUCUGAGAGCUCUGGCAAGGUUUGAGGGUAGCCGAUCGGUAACAUUGCCUUUAAUGUGGUGCUGAUGCAGCAAAGGAAAAGCAAAGGAAAAGAAACGAGCCUCCUGUUUCAACGUCCAGUUGAGUUUUUUUGUCAGUUCAGCCAGUGCUAUGCAAUGAUGUUUUACUCCCUCUGUUUGUUGCAUGUGUCAUUUGUUAAAUUCAGUCGUUACUCUUGCUGACCUUGAUGUUUAUUAUUAAAGAACUACACAAAUUUA